CCGUGUUGGUACGAUGCAGCAGGCUGCACGAUGCCGCCCCGCCCGGCCCCGGCGGCCACGCUAGCCCUGUACCGGCUGCUGCCGCUGAUCUCCGUCGUGGCGGCCGCCUCGGCGGCGUCCGUCCCCAGCCUGUGCGACGCCGAAGCGUGCCACUGCGACGGCGCAACGGGGGCGGUCACCUGCUCCUGCGCGGGCCGCGAGCAACAGGAGCUGUCACUGGGCGCCGAAGACGGGGGCUUCGCGCUGCCAGUGAACACGGCGUCGCUGCACGUGGAGCGGUGCGCCAACGUGACGGUGGGCGCCGGAGCCGUGUCGCAGCAGGGGCGCCUGCGCCUCGUGCACGUGGCCCACGUGGCACAGCUGCGCCUGCGCACCGCCGCCUUCGGCCGCGACGCCGCCACGCUCGAAACCUACGGGGCUUUACCCCCGCUCACCAUAAACAUCGAACGCUCCAAUGUCACCUCCAUAGAGAGCUUCGCCUUCAGAGAUCGGAUUGAAGACAUCCUUUUGCACGCAUUGCACAUCGAAUACAUAGCACCAUUCUCUUUUGCUAGUCUGGGAGAAAUGGACCGACUGGAGAUCAUAAACUGUACAAUUGACAAAAUUGAGGGACAAGCAUUCAAGAGGUUUUCUGUGGACACAUUUAUCAUAGCUGGAGGGAGUAUCAAUGGUGAAGUACACAGUCGUACUUUGUCUGAUGUAACUGUGAUGCGCGAAAUGCACAUAGAUGGACUGACAAUGGAGGAAGUGCGGAGCCAGGCAUUUGAAAUUGAAGGACCACAAGUCUUCACACUUCGUGCCUGCAACAUAAAUCGGACUCAUGGCGAAGCAUUUAGAGUGGUUGUGAGAGGGCCUGUAGAAAUGAGGAACAACUACUUCUCUGUGUUAGAUUCAGGUGCUUUUGCUGGGUUGGCUGUAGAUGGAUAUAGUCUAAGACUUCAUAAUUUAAGAAGGGUUACAUUUGAAAACAACACAGUUGGAGUCUUUCAGAAGGGUUCACUACGUUUUAACAAAACUGGUCUUGACAUAGUUCUAAGAAAGAUAGUGGUGAAUCAGCCAUGUUCAUGUUCUUCACUAGAAGAAUGGAGUUCUUAUAUACAGAAGGAUGUUCAGUAUAUCCAGUUGAAGGGAUCUGCAUCACUGUCAACAGAAGAAAUAUUGUGGUGUAUAAAGCAAGAACCGCAGAAGAGAGCUAUACUUUUUAGAGACUUCCAGAUGUUGCAGUGCAGUGCUAUACCGUCUGGAUUGAAUUUGUUCCUUCUCAUCAUCAUUCCUAUUUGUGUUCUGCUACUGGUAAUUGGUAUCUGCAUAAUUUUAAUGAGGCGGAAACAAAUUAAAAAUCGGAAGCACUGGGUUAGUGUGCCAACCUCUAACAAUUCAAAAGGUGGUGAUGAAAACAAAACUGCCAAAGAUAAGUCUGGAACACCAGAAAAUAGACUGAAACUGGUUGUUCCUGAUGGACGAACAUACAGGGAAACUGAAUUACACGUUAUUGUUGAAAGAGCAGAACCAAUAACAGAUAAUUAUCUCACUCCAUCUAAUGAUGGGAAGUGAAGACUUUCUUCAUGAAGACUGUCGAUCUUAAGUGAUUCGUAUAAGCCUAGCAUGCAUAGUGCAACAAGUACCAUGCUGUGCUAACCACAGAAUGCUAGUCACAGUACUACUUUGCUGUGUAAUGAAAUGUAUUAUGCUUUAAAAACAUCACGUAGGACGCAUUAAUUGAUACAAAACUGUGAUAUUAAAUCACUAUGUACACAAAUGUGAUAAACUGUAUGAAGUGAUGUGGAGGAAAUAAAACUGUCUACAUCCAUACAUAAUACAAGGAGUAGAUACAUGCACAUGGCAGGAGGUACUGCCAAUAUUUAACAUUGUACCAAUUGUGAUUUUUCCUUAUGUAAAUGAAAUACAAAAAAUAUGUUGAUACUAAGCAGUAUUCACAUGGAGCAAGAUACAAACUGUUUUAUUUUUUACAAGAACUAGUCAUUUUUCUCUAAACAUAUUGAAUAUGAAUGUAAAUUGUAUUUUAGUUUUGUAAACAGUUGAAAAUCAACUGUAUAUCUGACUUAAUAAAGUUUCUUCAUAUGAAUAUUAGAGUUUGGUGUACAGCGAUCAACUUAUUUAUAAAAUGUGUUUGUUAUAGCUAUUUGCCUUAAAUAGCAAAUCGUAACAUUGUUUUGGCAUAAUUAAAGCUACUCUACGA